AUGUCCACCGGCAGUUCUGCAUUUCUGGCUGCACUGGCCAAUCGUCGAUCUUACUAUGCGCUUCGCUCCGCGUCACCAAUCUUAGAUGGCCAAAUUCGUUCAAUCCUGAGCGAAGUCAUGCUCAAAACCCCGUCUGCGUUCAACUCCCAAACUACCCGUGCUGUUCUCCUCCUCAAGAAGGAACACGAGAAAUUCUGGGAAAUUGUCAAAGAUGUACUUUUGGCACGCAUCGGACCUGAGCGGUUUGCUAAGACCGGCCCAAAACUAGAUUCUUUCAAGGCCGCCUAUGGAACUGUGCUUUUCUAUGAAGAUCAACCUGUGGUCGCGCAGAUGAAGGAGAAAUUCCCUUCAUAUGCCGAGAAUUUCGACCCAUGGUCAGAGCACACAAGUGGCAUGCACCAGUUGAACGCCUGGGUUGCUUUAGAGGCCGAGGGAUUUGGUGCAAACUUGCAGCAUUACAACCCCAUCAUUGACGAGAGGGUCCAGGCCGCCUUUCAAAUCUCAAAGGAUUGGAAGCUACGUUCGCAGUUGGUGUUCGGUACUCCCGAUGGUGACACUCCUGCGCCCAAGGACAAACUGCCUGUGAAUCAGUUGUUGACGGUCUUGGGAGCUGAUUCAUGA